CAGUGGGUGGCCUGGCAGGCAGAACUGCUGUGGUCACCCAUUGAAAGGGAGCCUCAUCACCACCAUGAACUUCUCUGGCAAGUACCAACUGCAGAGCCAAGAGAACUUUGAGCCCUUCAUGAAGGCAAUUGCCAUCAUUGAUUAAAGGCCAACCGUACCACAAGCACUAUGCUUGUGCAUACAUCAGGGAGACCAAGUGUAAUGAGGUACAAUCCUGACCAAUUAUUUGAAGAUAAAGGUCUGCCUGAGGACCUCAUCCAGAAGGGGAAGGAUAUCAAAGGAGUGUCAGAAAUCGUACAUGAAGGGAAGAAAGUCAAACUCACCAUCACUUACGGGCCCAAAGUGCUCCAUAACGAAUUCACCUUGGGAGAGGAGUGUGAACUGGAGACCAUGAGUGGGGAAAAGGUCAAGGCAGUGGUAACGAUGGAAGGUGACAAUAAAAUGGUGACAAGUUUCAAAGGCAUGAAGUCUGUGACUGAACUCAAUGGAGACACAAUCACCAAUACCAUGACCCUGGGCGACAUUGUCUACAAGAGAGUCAGCAAGAGGAUUUAGACAAGGCUGCAUUUCAUAUUCUUUUACAGUGUAAAAUUAAUGCAAUAAAGUUAACUUUGUUUUGAAAGCA